GUGUGAUGUGUAUCACUUCAGUAAUCUGCAGGAUGCCGCCGUGAUCGUGUGGUGUCUGCACUUUCCACUCGAUUAGUUACUUGUGUCACGUGUUUUGUCCAUUUACAACACCAGAACGUACAAUUAUUUGAUUUGAUCCGGGUGUAACGUGCUGGCGGCACAUUUUCUUACAAGUUUACACCAAAGUGGAUCGAUCCCCGGCGAGCGAAUCGAAAAGGCAGAAGGUUGGAUUUCUUGCAGGGGGUGCGAUAGAUGCAUCGUUGAAUCUUGAUAUCAGGGGCAUAUAUGUCCACGCCAAUUCGAUAUGAGUAUCGAAGGAAGAUCGUGCAUCGUGAGAAGAUGACGCCGCGACGGUACGUGUUCGCGGCGAUUAGGCGAACAUUGCUGGCUGCUGGUAUCUUGACGUUGCUGGUGUUGGCUCUGUCGAGCCAGGACACCGGCAACAAUGUGCAGCAAGGCCUUUUGUUGGAGGAGGAUGCGAACCUGACACCAGAGGAAAAGUUGAUGGAAGAAGCAGCGAUCGCCGAAACUGAGAAACGGUUGUAUGUAAGGAGGAAAUUUUUGGCGGAGAAGUGCGCCGAAGAGGGUUUGGACACACCUGGCAACGAUUCUCUUCACAGACCGAAUGCUUGGGAAUUUCUUGUAAAUAGAGAGUAUCAUUUAAUAUGGUGCAACGUGUUCAAAGCGGCCUCUACCUCUUGGAUGUACAAUUUCAAUUUACUCGCAGGAUACAGCCCACAGUUUUUAAAAGCCUCGAAGGCUGUGCCUGUUUCUUUGGCGAGGCAGAAAUAUCCCAGAUACACGGCAGAUGAGUUGAACAAGUUCCUAAACGACAGCAUCAGUUUCUUGAUAGUGAGACAUCCAUUCGAGAGGUUGCUCAGCGCCUACAGAGAUAAAUUGGAGCACAGCUUGCCACAUACAUUUCACAGUAAUCUUGGUGCCCAUAUUGUUUGGAACUACAGGUCUAAAGAUUCAAAAACAAAUGGACGACACGGUCCAAGGUAUCCACUCUUUGAAGAGUUUGUACGAUGGUUGCUAUGUCAAUGGAGAGCCGGAAACGAACUUGACAUGCAUUGGACCCCAGUUGUGAUCUUUUGUACACCGUGUCAAGUGCGGUUCGACGUGAUUGCUAAGUUUGAAACGCUUCAUGAAGAUCAAGAUUAUCUUAUAAAACAAGCUCACGUGGGUCACAUCAUUAAGCCUGAAUGGAAAAACCCUACUAAAGGCGUUCAAACGAAAGACGUGAUUAAGAAUUAUUUCGCUCAAUUAUCAAAAUCGCAGAUCAAAGAUCUCUAUGAGAUGUUUAGGUACGAUUUCGUGCUUUUCGGUUAUUCUCCCGACGAGUACGUAGCACUCGGGAGAGAUGAGGACACAGUAUUAAUCUGUAAAAAGUAAUGCUAACAUUUCGUACAUUCUUGACAAGCGCGUAAUCAGCGCGUGAAUUGUUCUACAUUUACGUUUCAGUUCUUUAAACGUUGAACAACAUGUUAAAUGCAAUUAAAGCAUCGUUAAACAGCAUCGAUUACAACGAAAAUAUUUAAUAGCAAACCAGAAACAUAACAAGUCGUGCUCGAAUUAACAAUACAUUUGCAAACCGCUACUGCUACAUUUAAAUCUUUUGACAAACGAGGCGUUACUAAUUCAAUUGUUAGAGGCUAAGGCAGAGACUAAGAAGGUCGUACCUAUGAGAGAAUUCCGUUGCUUAAAUAUCAUACAUGACAACUCUUGCGAGAGUUUUAUGGUAAAGGUAAUGCUCACUUCGUCGAAUCUUUUCUGCUUCAAGUUCAAGAGAAUGGGAAUAGUUUAUUAUAUUAGUCUGACAAAGAGUACUCUGCAUUUCUUGUAGGAAUAUGUAGGAAUAACGUCCCUCUUUCGUUUUAACUGAAUUAACUGUUAUAGAGUACAGUUCAAUAUGAAUGCGAUGAUAUUUUGUUACAUCAUAUUGUUACGGAUAUAUUUUAACUUGAUUCAAGCAAGUCGAGCUAAUUUUUUCGUGUUUGUAUAUUUUGGAGAAUACGUAUACAUUUUCGCUGAAUCUAUAUGUAUAUACCUGUAUAUAUAAAUAUACAUAUACGUGUACUGAUAUGAAUAUUGUUGCAAUAGUAAUUAUUAUCAUUGUACCAAUGAUAAUAAUACUGCCUUCAGGAGAUAUAUUAUAUAUAAUUGCAUUAGUAAGAUGUAUGUUAAAUUGUACAACUUCCAAAUGCAAAGGUAUUCAGAGUAAGUUUGAAGUUUUCCAGUAUUUACUUGUAUUUUAAAUCUGGUGUUUGCGUUCAUAGUUUAUACGCCUUUGCGAUAAGAUGGCCUUUUUAUAGACUUAUUUGAGUCUAUGAGAGUUUCUUUUAGUCUGUAAGACUCAUUUAAAAGCAUGAAACAUUACAUUGUAUGUACUUAAAUCUAAUACAAAUUUUUCAUUAAUCGAGAAACUUCUUGUGAAUAAAAUUGAAUUGUUUGUAAAAUUUAUAUGAGACGAAAGUGAUACAAUGAAUUUUAAUUCCCCAAAUUAUAAGCACAAAACGACAAUAAUUAUUUUACAAGGCAAAACUAUUUAAGAAAAAACAAUUAAUCGGAUUGAAAUUAAUCAAGAAAACAGCAGGAUAGACGAGAUAGACAAUUUGUUAGAUUAUCCAAGGUAUAAAUAUAAAAAUAUCAAUGCUAUUGCAAUCAUAUUAUCAUCGUUGUUUCUUUAAUUAGAUUAAAAUUUACGUAGAAUCCUUGGAGAAUCAAGCAUCUAUCUGUGAUUGUUAGCAACGUACUUACUUGUUCGAACAGCUGUUGAUCAACUCAACUCCGAUAAUCCAUUUAUCAAUGAAAACAUAUUUCCAAUUGCUGUUUAUUACCAAAAAUUCAUGAAGGAGCUUACUAACUUCGUAUUUCUUCUUCUUCACGACCAGUUGUCCAUUUAUUGUGUACAAGUCACUGUCAGAAUCCGAAGUUGUAUCCUCUCCGUAUCGAGCUUGUUUGUACAAGGAUUCUAAAGUACGUCUGGCCAUAUCCUGAACAUCUUUGAUGUCGUUUGUUGCUUUCUCGAUUCGGGUUUGCACGUCCGACGACACUCUCGUCAAAUGCUCCUCUAUAGGAUUGCAUUUCGGAGUCGAAAUCGGGAGCUCCUCGUCACUAAACACGAACAUAUCAUCGUCCAUCGAAUUCAUUUGUAUUUUUGUAAAGUAAUACGAUACUCGAUUAACUGACAAAUUACUCUAUACGUAUUCGCGCCGCUACUGAUUUGCGUGACACAUCACGUACAAAUCAUCCUAGAGUAGCAAAGGUUUCAUUCGAACAAAAGAUAUUUACAUAUAUCGAGAAAGCAUCAUUAAAAUCUUAGUAUUCAAUUUGCAAUUCUGAUAUAAUCAUAUAUUCAUAAUAAUCCAAUUAAUACUUUAUACUCUAUACUCUAUAUUCCAUUCAAUGAGUCGAGAGAUACAUC